AUUGCAAAGAUUAUUCAGUACAAAAAAAGCAUGGAAGUGAAAAUUUUUGUCCAAAAGUAAUAGGAUUUUCGGCCAAUACGAAUAUUAGAUUUAUUUAUGAUUUUGUAGAAGAUGAAAAGUUAAAACCUAUAUCUGAACGAAAAAUUAAUAAUACAAAAUUAUUUAGUGCUUUUACAAAUCGUUUAGAUUAUAUUGUAGAAUUUAAAAAAUUUAGAGAUGAUGAACAAACUCCUUGUCGAAAUGAAUGUUUCU